GACAUGGACAGGAAUGGACAGUUUAAUUAAUAACCACCAUCCAUUUCUCCCUGACCUCAACUAGUCACACAUGCUCUCACUGGAGCCCAGACACAAGCAGCUUAAUGUUCAUGAGUAAAUAUUGAUUGAGCCGUAGCUCACGGCAUGGAUAUCAGAAACAAGGCUGAAAAAGAGGAAAGUUAGCGGACAGGAAUUUAACAUUAACUGACUGGGAAAAGAAGUAAACAAAGACCUACCACUACCACUACUCAGUCCAACCUGUGUUAUCUGAGUUGGUGCCCGACGACCAUCCUGAAUGAAUGAGUGGUGCCCCGACAUCAAUGUGGUGGGACCUCUGCAAAUCCCACCCAGCGAUGAAUUCUCCAUCUCAGAGAGCCCCCACUUGUUUGAUAUUCUGGCAGAUCAAGGAAGUCCUCUCCUGCAGGAUCCCGACAUCUUACCCUUCACCAGCUAUCCCAGCAUGCAAUACCCAUGCAUAGAGCCGACCAUGUCUUCCACACCAUACUACUCCAGUCAGAACUACUACCCACAGUACAAUGGAGAUGAAUGGUAUUCACACACGGGGAUAUAUGAACUGAGGAAAGGACCGCUGGAGGUCAGCUUUGAUGCUGAGAUGGAGGAUGUGUCUGCUGUGGUGCCUGCUGUGUGCAAGAGGACCAGGCACAUGUCGCAAGCUGGAAGGGUCAAAGGGGAGGAACUGUGUGUGGUGUGUGGAGACAAGGCCUCUGGAUACCACUACAACGCUCUUACCUGUGAGGGAUGUAAAGGUUUUUUCAGACGCAGCAUAACCAAGAACGCUGUGUACAAAUGCAAGACUGGCGGAAACUGUGAGAUGGACAUGUACAUGCGCCGGAAAUGCCAGGAGUGUCGGCUAAGAAAGUGCAAAGAGAUGGGCAUGCUGGCCGAAUUGAAGCCUUCAUCAUCACUGGCAGGCCUGCUGACAGAGAUCCAGUGCAAGUCUAAAAGGCUGCGGAAGAACACGAAGGCCUCUCCGGGACAGUCAACUGGAGAUGAGACAGAGGGGGCGGACAACACAGACAACAAACAGGUCACCUCAACCACCAAACUGUCGAAGGAAAAAGUCAAAAUCACCAAAGAGCAGCAGGCGCUCGUGAAAUCCAUCGUAGACGCUUACAACAAACAUCAAAUUCCUCAAGACGUGACCAAAAAGCUGCUCCAAGAACAGUACAGCGCAGAGGAAAACUUCCUCCUAUUGACAGAAAUGGCAACAAAUCAAGUUCAAGUUCUGGUGGAGUUUACAAAAAAUAUUCCAGGCUUUCUUUCUCUGGAUCGUGAGGAUCAGAUCGCUCUGCUGAAGGGUUCGGCUGUGGAGGCCAUGUUUCUGCGCUCAGCUCAGGUUCUCAGCAAAAGGAUGCCCAAUGGACACACAGAAGUUUUAAAGGAGAGGGUACGCAAUAGUGGUAUGUCAGAGGAAUUCAUGACUCCCAUGUUCAACUUUUACAAAAGCAUCGAUGAACUCCAAAUAGGGCAGGAGGAACAGGCUCUUCUAACCGCCGUAACCAUUCUGACACCAGAUCGGCCUUAUGUGAAGGAUUAUCAGGCUGUGGAGAGACUUCAGGAGACCAUGCUGGACGUGCUGAGGAAGCUGUGUGUCCUGCAACACCCACAGGACCCACAGUACUUCGCUCGUCUCCUGGGCCGUCUGACGGAGCUGAGAACACUCAACCACUACCACGCAGAGAUGCUAACGUCCUGGAGAAUGAACGACCAAAAAUUUACACCGCUGCUCUGUGAGAUCUGGGAUGUGCAGUGACCCACCAGGAGUAGCAAAGAAAGCGGUGACCUAAGGAUGAUAACAUGAACAUUUCAACUUGCAAGACAAAGGCAUGGUCUACAGUGCAUAUUUAUGUUGGAUGAUGUGAGGAUGUAAUGUGACCUGUUGAUGGCAUUAAUCAUACAUCAGUGAAUGUGUCAGUGAAUGGCUGAAUUGUUUGUGUUUAUUCUGCUCAUGGGUUGCAUGUCUAUCUACUGUGUGAUUCAGCCAACUCAGACGAAUCUCAUUUUGGAAAUUAUGACAGUGCAAAGAGGAAAGUCUUCAAGGGAUGGGAUUUGGCACACUUCUUCUUACUGUAUACCUCAGGAUAAACAUCUUGAAGUCCCAAUGCAAUUAGCCCGACAAGUACAAACACUGAAACAUAUUCAAAGCAAAGGUGCUAAUAAGAAGUGUAAAGUUUAGAUUACAUUUAGCAUAAAAAUGGCUACAUUUAUUUUUUAUUUGUGAAACUCAUAGUACUUGCUACAAAGGCUACUUGCUGUAAAUACACAAAAGUUGUAUGUUUUCAAUUAAUAAGAGUAACAUAAAAACGGUUUAGGUUGGAACAUUCUUCAGAAUAUGUUCAUAACUGUUAUAUUACAAUGUAUGAGUAAACAUACAGACAUUUGGUACUUAAAACAAAUAAUGAUUAUUGUUUCUCUUUAAUCUUUCUGACUAAACUGAAAUAUGUUCAAAUUACCCCUGAACACUGUAGAAAUAUUAAUAUCUAAGUGUUUCCCUGAUAAAAUGUGGUGUUCAACUUCCACUUUUUAUAAACUGCAACAACUAAC